CACUUGUUCAGUCAUCAGUGCGACGAGGAUGAGGAUGAGGAGGAGGUUGCAAUGUGAUUGGCCAGGCGGAGGCUCCUAGUCCGGCUUGUGUUGGUCCUUGGCUCUCCUUGUUUACACCUGGCGGACCGGAAAGACGUCCAGAGUGCCUCCAGCAGACUCGGGCGUCCAGUCUGCGUUGAACUGGGCUAUCUGACAGCACCCUUUGUCGGAACGAGUGUUUUAUUUUUAAUGUUAAACGCAGGGGUUGCGUUUUUUUAUUUCGUGUUUUGUAUUUUGUAUUUUUUGGGGUCCAGGACGCUGGCUGUUCAUUGCACAGUCGCGUCCAAACUUUUUAGUGACUUUUUUCAAAGCGUCCUUUGUGGUUGUCAUUCAAAGCAAAGCUUAACCUGAAAGUUGCAGGGAAUAUUGCCAAUUUGCUUCGAUAUUGCUCUUUUUUUUUUUUUUUUUGUCCAAGUUUGACAUGGAGGAAAAGUACACCGUUCCGUUUUUGUUGUAGUUGCCGGAGCGGAUGCGUUUACUGUCACUUCAUGGUGGGAUUUCACUUUGUUUGAUAUUCUCCUAUAUCACUUUUCUGAACAAGAAAGACACUUGGUGUGGCGAAACACGCCGCGUGAGCACCCACGGACGCUUUGCAGCAGUGUAGCCGGAAACGAUGCUCUCCGUUCGGAUGCAGCGUGGACAAGUUUACGGUCCGAUUGUGCUUUUGCUCUUGAUCGGGGGAUAUGUGGUGUAUACCGAGAGCAGCGACUACAGUGAUGCUGAGGUUCUCCCGGACUCUUAUCCGUCAGCACCAGCAGAACCUCUCCCAGAAUUCCUGCUCGAACCAGAGGAUGCUUUUAUUGUUAAGAACCGACCCGUUCAGCUUCGGUGCAGGGCGUCACCAGCAACACAGAUCUACUUCAAGUGCAAUGGGGAGUGGGUCAAUCAAAAUGAUCAUGUAACCAGGGAGAGCUUGGACCAGAGCACAGGGCUGGUGGUGAGGGAGGUGGACAUCUCAGUGUCAAGGACCCAAGUUGAGGAGCUGUUUGGGUUGGAGGACUACUGGUGUCAGUGUGUAGCCUGGAGCUCAGCUGGCACCACCAAGAGCAACCGCGCCUACGUCCGCAUUGCAUACUUGAGGAAAAACUUUGAGCAGGAGCCACUGGGGCGGGAGGUGCGACUGGAGCAGGAAGUCCUGUUGCAGUGUCGCCCCCCAGAAGCCAUGCCCCCUGCUGAGGUGGACUGGCUGAAGAAUGAAGAUGUCAUUGACCCUUCGCAGGACUCCAACUUUCUGAUUACCAUUGAUCGCAACCUAAUAAUCAAACAGGCCAGACUCUCGGAUACAGCCAACUACACUUGCUUGGCUCGUAAUGUGGUUGCCAAAAGGCGCAGCAGCACAGCAACUCUGAUUGUUUACGUGAGCGGCGGAUGGUCCUCAUGGACAGAAUGGUCCGAGUGUAACACCAAAUGUGGACGGGGUUGGCAGCGAAGAACACGUAGUUGCACCAACCCUGCCCCCCUCAAUGGAGGAGCCUUCUGUGAAGGCCCACCCUUCCAGAGAGUGACUUGCACCACACUGUGCCCAGUGGAUGGAGGCUGGACAGAAUGGGCAAAGUGGUCUGCCUGUGGCACAGAGUGCACCCACUGGAGAAGCCGCGAAUGUCAAGCUCCGCCACCCAGGAAUGGAGGCAAGCACUGCAGCGGGAGCAUGAUGGAGAGUAAAAACUGUACCGAGGGUCUCUGUACACGCAAUAAAAUGGUUUCUAUUGAACAUGCAAGCCAUCCGUUGGCGCCAGAGAUGGGUGUAGCAGUCUACGCCGGUCUGGCAGGGGCGCUGCUGCUGUGCGUGAUCCUGGUGCUGUGCGUGGGCGUGCUGGCAUACCGCCGCAGAUGCAGCCACCUCCAUGGAGACAUCACAGACUCUUCUUCUGCCCUCACCGCUGCCUUUCACCCUGGCAACUACAAGCCUCCCAGACAAGAUAACCUCCACCCUCUACAUCCAUCCGCUCCUCCCGACCUGACAGCCACCGCGGGGCCAUUCCGCGGCCCGCUCUUCUCCUUGCAGCAGGGUGUUAACGAAAACCACCACAAAAUCCCCAUGACCACUUCCCCCCUGUUGGACCCCUUGCCCAGUCUCAAAAUCAAGAUGUAUAACUCCUCCACCCUUUCGUCGCUGGAGAUCCCCGCUGACAUGUGCUCAGGAGACAGCGAGAUCCUCAGCCUGAAGUCGGUGGGCACCGGAGGGAGGGAGCGACAGUUCCACAGCCACACACUGUCCAGAGAGCCUGGGCUGAGCACCAGCGCCACCCUGGGCCAUCUCGGGGGGCGUCUCACCAUCCCCAACACAGGUGUGAGUCUGCUGGUCCCGCCUGGCACCAUCCCCCAGGGGAAGUUCUAUGAGAUGUACCUCAUUAUCAGCAAAUGGGACAAAACGACGUUGCCCUCUGAGGGCAGUCAGACUGUGCUUAGCCCCGCAGUGAGCUGUGGUCCGUCUGCUUUGCUGCUCAAUCGCCCCGUGGUCCUCACCUUGCCCCAUUGUGCCCAGCUAGACACACCAACACCUGACUGGACACUCACAUUCAAGACACAGACCCACCAAGGAGCAUGGGAGGAGGUGCUGACAGUGGGAGAGGAAAGUUUGUCCUCUCCGUGCUAUCUGCAGUUGGAGGAGGAGUGUUGUCACGUUCUCAUGGAGCAGCUGGGCACGUACGGUCUGGUGGGUCAGUCGUGCCCUCCGCAACCCGCCUGCAAGCGCCUUCAAUUGGCUUUGUUUGCACCGCGAGCACCCUGCCUCUCCCUGGACUACAGCCUUCGCGUUUACUGCAUCCACGACACCCCUCAUGCGCUCAAGGAAGUGCUGGAUCUGGAGCGGAGUCUGGGUGGGGUCUUACUGGAGGAUCCUAAGCCGCUGCUGUUUAAAGACAGCUACCACAACCUGCGUCUGUCCAUCCACGACAUCCCUCACACUCACUGGAGAAGCAAACUAUUGGCCAAGUACCAGGAGAUCCCAUUCUAUCAUAUUUGGAGUGGCAGUCAGAGACCUCUGCAUUGCACAUUCAGCCUGGAGAGAAGCAGCCUGGCCGUGUCACAGCUCUCUUGUAAAAUCUGCGUGCGACAAGUGGAAGGGGAGGGACAAAUUUUUCAGCUGCACACCGACAUCCAGGAGACGCUACCCCCUCACUCGCCGCUCCCUUCAGCAGGCUCCUGUCUGCCUUCUUCUCAAGUAGGACCGUAUGCCUUCCGCUUGCCUUGCUCUAUCCGCCAGAAGAUCUGUGCCAGUUUGGACGCGCCGAGCGCCCGAGGGUGUGACUGGAGGCUACUGGCACGCAGUUUAGGCUUUGACAGGUAUUUGAACUACUUUGCAACAAAGCCCAGCCCCACAGGAGUUCUGCUGGACUUAUGGGAAGCUUGUCACCAGGGCGACGCAGACCUGGUCUCACUGGCAACGGCUCUUGAAGAAAUGGGCAAGAGUGAGGUGCUCGUCGUCAUGACGACAGAUGAGGAUUGUUGAUCAGCGGAGGAAGAACAAGAACAAUAAAUGCGACUAAUCAUAAA